UUUCUUUCACAGUGGCACUGACUCCGACUGGGAGCCCCCAGUGCCAAGGUGUCCAUCCCCCUCUGAAGCUGGUUCAUCCAGCUGUACCCCUGCUGUCUCUGGCUCCACACCUCCCGGGCCAUCUAGAGGUGUGAAGAGGAAGAGGGGAAGUGUGCCACCCACUAACAGAGGGACAGAAGGGCGUUGGCACACCAUCCUAGAAGAUGAUGUGGAGCCACCACAACCAACUUUCAGGCCGAAAAGGAAGCCAGGACCUCAGGUGAACCGCUCUACCACAGCAUCGUCGAGGCCUGCAAGACGUACUUUCAGCCUGCCCAGAACGUGUCAAUCGAUGAGAGGAUGGUAGCCUCAAAGGCAAGAAUUGGCCUCAAACAAUACAUGAGAAACAAACCAACCAAGUGGGGUUACAAGCUGUUUGUUUUGGCUGAUUCUGUAUGUGCCUACACAUGCAAUUUCUUUGUCUACGAGGGGAAGAACAGUUUUGCUACCGGUAAGGGACUCAGCUAUGACUCUGUAAUGGAGUUAUUGGAUUUUCAACUGCUAGGGAAGGGCUACAAACUGUUUGUGGAUAACUUCUACACAAGCCCUACCCUGUUUGCAGACCUAAGGAAGCUGGAUGUAUGGGCUUGUGGCACCAUUCGUACCAACAGGGUGGGCUUUCCGAAGACUAAGGUGAACGACAUGCCUAAGCGGGCUGAGCGGGGGAGCAUGCGAUGGAUCCGUGAAGAUGGCCUGCUUUUUGUAAAGUGGAUGGAUACCAGAGAGGUGGUGAUGUGCUCCACUAUCCACAAGUCCUUCAGUGGGGAUCAUGUUGUCAGUGGACUUGAACCCCUGGGACCAUGCUUCAGGACUACCUGACAUGAUGACUCCUUGCUGUCCACCUGGCCUUGCCGCUGUUCCAGUUUCAACUGUUCUGCCUGCGGCUAUGGAACCCUAAACUGUACAUUUUUUUCUCUUGGGGUGCUGUACUGUUGCACACUCUACAAACACUGUGAUCUCCACCCGGCACAGCCAGAAGAGGACUGGCCACCCCUCAUUGCCUUGUUUCUUCCUAGGUUUUUGCCUUUCUAGGUUGUUUUUCCUGUUUUUCCUAUUUGAUACAGGACUGAGGAUGUGUAAAAGUGUGUAAAUAGUUACCCAUGUUACUUUGUAAAUGUGUAUAU